AUGUACGACACGUCGGCGGUACCGAUUUUCACGGGACAAAACUACUCCGCGUGGAAGUUUAAGUUCCAAGUGCUCAUGAUGGAGCGGGGACUUUGGGGUCUCUUCGAUGGGACGGAGAAGAAGCCGGACGACGAGAGCGACAUCGCGGCUUGGAAGAAGAAGGACCAAAAGGCGUUCGCUACGCUAAUCUCGCGGAUCGGCAUCAACCUCGUGAGCUCGGUGCGCACGUGCAUCAAGCUCGAAGCGUCGGCGCAUGAGGCGUGGAAGCGGCUCGAGACAAUGCACGUGAAAAAGACUCUCCACGGCAAGAUCCUAGCCCGGAAUGCGUUCUACACGGUGAAAUUGCGCGCGGGCGAAUCGAUGCACGAGUAUGCGACUCGUGUGGAGGAACUUGGGGAAACGUUCGUAGACCUCGGUGGAACGGUCACGGAGGAGGAUUGGAUUUUGACCUUGCUUUGCGGUCUUCCGGAAGAGUGGUCGACGGUGAUAACGACACUCGAUAGCGUGCAAGACACUUGGACAAAGGAAACGGUGGUCGAGUUUCGGAAGCGCCCGAGCGAUUGGACUCCAUCGAAGGCGCGGAACCAAGAGGGCAACGCGCACACGGCAUCCGGCGAGGCGGAUGAUACAAGGGAGUCGAUCGUGUUAUUGGCCGGUGACGGGACCAACACUCCAAACGACGCGUGGUUCCUUGACACCGGCGCAACACAACACAUGACGCACUCGGCAUCGUUCCUCACCAACGUUGGUGCACCGGGAGACGUCACACGCGUCGUCUUCGGAAACGGCAAGUCGCUACCGGUGGUUGGAGUUGGGAGUACGCGUCUCAUCGUCGAUGGCGGACCGGUGGACAUCACGAACGUGCUUCACGUCCCGGGAUUGAAGGUGAAUCUACUCUCAGUUACUCAACUCGCGAAGAAGGACGUGAAGGUCACCAUCGAUGGCGCGACGAUGAACCUCUUUUGGAAGGGGAAGCAAUUCGCACAAGGCGUUCUCAACGGAGAACUUUACCAACUCAAGACGCACCCGGGAGCGGCUUCAUCCAACGUGGCGCAAGGUUCCAAGGCGACUCUCAAGGCGUGGCAUAAUCGACUUGCGCACGCCAACUACGACUCGGUCAAGGAGUUGGUCAACAAAGGACUCGCGAAGGGACCGAACGUCACCCCUCGCUAA